ACGCUACAUUGGGCGACAAUAUAGCGCAAUAUCAUAAACCCCGCUGGUUGGAGCUGCAAACUUGCACUUGGUUGAAGCAAACGUGCACCAGUUGCUUGAGUUGAUUACUGCCAUAGUGUGUGUCAGUGUUAAUAUCAUUGGAGGCGCCCGCGACCGCUCACAGCAACAAUCGGAGCCUGGCGUCGCGCUUCUCGUCGGCUCUGCGGAUUGACUCACCACUUGCGCUCCGAAGCCUUGUCUGUCCUAAAAUACAAUCCAUACCAAAUUGCAAGUACUGGACCGCAUAGCACUCAGCGAAGAUGCUCGUAGUUAGACGGUUCGUAGUCCAUGCGCUCUUCCUGCUUCUUUGUGCGGGAGGACUGAACAGAGGAGCUGUAAGCGCCGCCGAAGCGCUAUCUGGCGAGGAUCUGCUCAUCGUGUUCCCCACUUUUCACAAACGGAUUGACACGGUAGUGGCAUCUCGCACAUGGCGCCGCGGCGUCCGCACACACAUUGUUGUGGAUGACCGGGUAAAACUGGAUGAGCUGCGGGCUGUGGGCUUGGAGCAUAAUGAGACGUUCUCGGCCAUGCCGGACCUACCCGGGCUUCUCCUCAGUCUCCGACAUGUCAUGUCGCCCGUGCUAGCACACCGGGCCGUUAGUGGGAAAUACAAGUGGAUGCUGCUGGGAGAUGAUGAUGACACGCUGUUCUCGCUACCGGCUGUGAUGGCGAUGCUGGGCAAGAUGAAGCUGUCCCACACCAAACCCAUCGCCAUCUCAGACUUCCUGGUGCGCUGCCACUUUGAGAACAACAAGCGGCAUCCCAGGUCACCAUUUUCACGCGACACACGCUGCCCAGCGCCCAAUGCGACUGCUGCCGGCGGCGGUGGCUCCAAAGGCAUCCAGCCGUGCAUGCUGCCGCCGGAGCGCAUGCAGCCGCCCAGGUUCGCCAAAGCCCCAGAUUGCCCUCCAGAGGGUGAAAUCAGCUACUACGGCGGGGCUGGGGUCAUUCUGUCCCAGGGCCUGUUGAGGCGCCUGUCCAACCACCACCUGCGCGCACAUUCGGUGAUGGUGAGAUCCCUUGCGAACUCAAGGGGCACCGACGAGUCAUCGUCAGAUGGGCCGGCGCACGCGUCAGUGGUGGCAAAGGACGACGCAUCAUUCUACGCGGUCGUAAUGUCCACCUUUUCGGAGUAUGGCGACACGAGCAUGAGCGAGGCGUGGCGCCGUGCUGGCGUGGGCUUCACGCCGCCGCCACCCCUGCCCUACCAGCUGCGCAUUCCCAAGCACUUGAUGCCCCAGCAGGGCCAGGAGCAAGAGCAGGAGCAGGGCGCGCAGUCACGUAAGCUGCUGGGGACGCCACCUCUGGCGCCGCCUUCGCCGCCACCGCAUCGGCUGUCGUGCGCCAAGAUCAAGAGCACGGGCGCUCCGCCAGUGGAAUGCCGUCGCUUUGGCAGCCUGGGAUAUCACAUGGACAGAGCUACUCCAGCGGAGGUGCUGGCACGGCACACGGAUGCGGCGGCGGCCUCACCGGAGGCCUUCCGCCUCAUCGUGUCGGCGCACCUGCGGCCCCAGCACGGAGUGGUGGAUGAGGCCUACCUCAGCACAAUGACGGAGCUGGGGACGCUUCUGGCGCAGGACUAUGAAGGGUAGCUGAACGUACGUAUGGCGCUGCAGAGGGCCACGGCGGCGGCGCGUGCCGACACCGAGGGCGGCAGCGACAGCGGUUUCGUGCCUCUGAUCCCGCCCGCCACCGUGCAACGCAUGUGCACCUACCGUGUGCGGCGAUUGGAGCCGUGGCACCGUUGGAGCCCUGUACCGCACACGGCUAAACACCACUGCGCGGAAGAAGUAUAGUGCGGCGGCGGCCCCCAUGCUGUCAGCCGCAGAUUAGGAGAAUGCCGUUCUUAUGAUGGGAACUAGUGAACACUGGGUGUUGCAUUAUUUAUGAUUAGGUGGAUUUUGCUCCAGUGCCGCGCGUGUGUGAGUGCAAGACAGAACCAUAUAUACUGUGUGGGUUCACGUGGUUAGCGUGCAGCAGGAGAGAGAGCGGGGCGAGUGUCUCAUCGGAUACUAGCUAGGCAGGAGUGGAAUGCUGGAUGUCGGAAGACAGCAAGUGACACUGCGUGCGCGUGUUCGAGUUCGGCUCAGGCAUGUGUGACAUUCAUACGUGAGCACGUCGAUGCUUGUCGAAAUGACAUCAUCCGGCCGUGCGUAUGGGGCGGCGUCCCUCAAGCGCUGCCCCGGAGUAUUGUGCCCCCAUACAUCCACACGUGAUGUGAGAUGGGGCUGCUGUUGGGCUCCGAGAGUGCUGCCCGACAACUCACACAUUCCGGGUUGUGUACGUAUGUAUCUACGGACGUAGACCGAUGGGGACCGGCUGGCUGGGCUGUAUGUGUGGGGCUGGCAUGGCUCUCAGGCAGCCAGGUUCUUUCCGGUGGUCCCCGUGGUGUGCAGUACGGUAUUCAAGGAAGGCACUGCUGGUGCUGCUGGCGGGCGGUAGAUAACCUUGGCUUCGCACUGCCGUGCAGCUACAUGGACCGCUCGCGCACUAAUGUACUCCUGGGCAGGGAUAGAUGCUUUAGUGCAUCUUUCUAGCUAUAGGAUUCACGCGUGAUAUGGUAUUACACGGUAAAUGCAAAUGCA